CCUCCUACACCCCAAGGGGUGACACGACAUUGCAGACAAUUUCAGUUGUCUAUUUGUUCUUGAACAUUGUUAUGCCUUCUGUUCGCGGGUACCUUGUUUCCUCGGAAUGGGCGCUGGUCCGCUCUCCCUCGAAAUGGAUGACGUGGGAUCUCAUCGCCGGGAUGGACUGGGCGGACAGGUCGUGGAACGCAAUGUGGAUGUGGGGUUUGGAAAAGGGACUUGGAUUCCAAGUUGGGUACAAAGUCUAUAACGUCGGUUCGGUAGUGAUCACAGGUGCGGGAUCGGGUAUUGGGGCCCAUGCUGCUAAAACACUGGCAGAGGAAGGGUACACGGUGUUUGCAGGUGUACGUAAUCUGGAGGAUGGAAAGCGUCUUCAAGAGCAACUUUCGUCUCCCGUUUCCAAGAAUAUUGUGCCCAUUUUGCUGGAUGUGACAAAUCCGACGCAUGUCAACCGGGCUGGUGAACUGGUCCGAGCCGAACUCUCCCAGCAUAGCUCCUUGCAACCGCUGGUAGCCAUAGUUAAUUGUGCUGGCAUACCCUGCGCUUCACCCAUAGAAACGAUAUCCUCUUCCCAAAUGCGACAAUGCCUAGAGGUCAAUGUCAUUGGUCCGGUACGAGUAUGUCAAGAAUUUAUACCCCUUUUGCGUGAAAGUGGUGGACGAGUCAUCAACGUGAGUUCUGCGGCUGGGUUUAUGGCAUGUCCAUUAAAUGGCGGUUACGCUGCUAGCAAGAUGGCAUUGGAGGCUUUAUCGGAUAGUUUGAGGGUAGAGAUGCAGAGGUGGGGAUUGUCUGUCUCUGUCAUCGAGCCUGGAGCGGUGGACACCAAACUCUGGUCAGAAUGCAGCAACCAGUCCCAACUUCCAUCUCCCUCUGAACACCUCUACAGUCCUCUCGUCACCUCCCUCAAAUCUCUCACGAUUGAAACCCGUCAGGGCCUCAUCUCGCCCAGGCACACUACCCGAGCCAUCCUGCACGCUAUUAAAGAUCGGUACCCGAAAACACGAUAUUUGGUUGGGUACGAUGCGCGGUGUGCUGCGUUCAUGCGUGCGUGGGUACCAGAUCGAGUGCUGGAUUGGGCGUUUUGGCUGGUUUUGGGAGAAUCGAGAAAUCCUUGAAUUGUGCGACGUUAUCGCUGAGGCAAUGCCUUUUGAAAGUGGGACUUGCCAUUAUAUUUAGUGCAUUUUCACUGUAUUUGACAUGAGAUAUUUGACUUAAGCCUAUUUGAAACCGUACAUGCCUUGCGUUUAUCACAGUCGCAUGGGAUUCAAGAGUGCAUGAAAGUAGGCAGUGGUCAGAAAGACAACUGACGGGCAUCGGAAAUCGAAUGUCUUUUUGUUUGUAGCUCUGGGCUUUUUGCGCCUCUGAGAAUGUAACCCCAAAAGACGAACAUUGGCUGAUACUUUGGCCAUUUUAUUUUUAUAUUGUUGGUAUCUGUUCUGAUGUCUCUCUAAUAAAUAAAAGUGAAAAUUUCGG